CAUGGGUCGUAAAAUUACUGUAGCCGUCUCAACCCUAAACCAAUGGGCCCUGGACUUUGAAGGCAAUCUGGCCAGAAUUCUACAAUCUAUUAUGGAAGCCAAGGAUAUGGGCGCAUCAUAUCGUACGGGUCCGGAAUUGGAAGUGUGUGGUUACAGCUGUGAAGAUCACUUUCGGGAACCCGAUACAUAUUUACACUCAUGGGAAGUGUUGUUGGAAAUAAUGAUGUCACCCAUAUGUGAAAAUAUGCUAAUUGAUGUCGGUAUGCCUGUUAUGCAUCGUAAUGUUGCCUACAAUUGUCGCGUGGCCUUUUUCAAUCGUAAAAUUUUAUUAAUACGACCAAAAAUGUCAAAUUGUGAUGAUGGUAAUUAUCGUGAGACCAGAUGGUUUACACCAUGGACCAAGUCUUUACAAAUUGAAGAUUUCUAUUUGCCACGCAUGAUAUCACAACACACCGGACAGGAUACCGUACCGUUUGGCGAUGCUGUUAUCGCCACCAAGGAUACAUGCAUUGGUUAUGAGAUCUGCGAGGAGUUAUGGAAUGUUAAAAGCAAACACAUUGAUAUGUCCCUUUCCGGCGUGGAAAUCAUAGUUAACAGUUCCGGUAGCUAUAUGGAGCUACGUAAGGCUCACAUUACCACCGAUUUAAUACGUAAUGCCAGUUUUAAGGCUGGCGGUGCCUAUCUCUUUAGUAAUCUACGUGGUUGCGAUGGUCAGCGAGUCUAUUUCAAUGGCUGUUCGGCCGUUGCCUUGAAUGGUGAAAUUGUCGCUCGGGGCAAACAAUUCUCUCUACAAGAUGUGGAGGUAACUCUGGCCACCAUCGAUUUAGAAGAGAUACGUGCCUAUCGUGUUUCACAACGUUCCAGAUGUUCAAUGGCUGCCUCAGCCCCAACAUAUCCACGUAUCAAUUGUGAUUUUGAAAUGUCCACCCAUUGUGAUAUAUUUAAAACUGCCAGUACACCGAUACAAUGGAUCUAUCACACACCCGAAGAAGAAAUUGCCAUGGGACCGGCUUGUUGGCUCUGGGACUAUUUAAGACGAUCGGGUCAGGGUGGUUUCUUUUUACCCCUCUCCGGUGGUGUUGAUUCGAGUAGUUCUGCCACCAUUGUCCAUUCAAUGUGUCGCAUGAUUGUGCAGGCCGUACAACUGGGUGAUGCUCAGGUCUUGCAUGAUAUUCGCAAAAUAUUGGCCGAUCACGACUACACACCCGAUAAUCCGGCGGCCUUGUGUAAUCGUUUGUUGGUAACCUGUUUUAUGGGCAGUGUAAAUUCCAGCAAAGAAACACGUCGUCGUGCCUCGCAAUUGGCCAAUCAAUUGGGCAGUUAUCACAUCGAGAUAAGCAUCGAUACGGCCGUCAAUGCCUUACUGGGUAUUUUCAAUGCUGUAACGGGAUUGACACCACGUUUCCGCACUCAAGGUGGAUGUGCACGACAAAAUUUAGCCUUACAAAAUAUACAAUCACGCAUACGUAUGGUAUUGGCCUAUAUUUUCGCCCAGCUAAUGUUAUGGGUACGCAAUCGUCCGGGUGGUUUGUUAGUUUUGGGCUCGGCCAAUGUCGAUGAAUCGCUGCGCGGAUAUCUAACGAAAUACGAUUGUUCGUCGGCUGAUGUAAAUCCUAUUGGUGGGAUUUCGAAAACGGAUUUGAGAAGAUUUUUGAUAUAUGCUAAAGACAAAUUCAAUUUACCCGUACUUGAGUCAAUUAUUGAUGCACCACCUACUGCCGAAUUGGAACCGCUACAGGAUGGCCAACUUAUGCAAACCGACGAACAAGAUAUGGGUAUGACCUAUGCCGAAUUGAGUGAAUAUGGUCGUUUACGUAAGCAGGCCUGCUGUGGACCGUACAGUAUGUUCUGUCGCCUUGUUGCCACCUGGAAGGGUGAUUUAAGUCCCAAGGAGGUAGCCGAUAAGGUUAAACACUUCUUUAGAUGUUAUGCCAUUAAUCGUCACAAGAUGACCGUGCUGACACCUUCGGUACAUGCUGAAAGCUAUAGCCCCGACGAUAACCGCUUCGAUCAUCGUCCAUUUUUGUAUCGUGCCAAUUGGAGUUGGCAAUUUAAGGCCAUCGAUGAUGAAGUCGAUAAACUACAACCCAUCUAUACACCAUCUACGACAUCGCAUGCUCGACCAAGUACUGAUGAUCUAUUGUCAUCACAUGAUUCCACACAUCGUUCGUCACAGCCACAUCAUAGCGAUUCGAAACAUUCAUCACCGCUAUCAUCCUCGUCGAUAGAUGUUGCCGCUGGUGCCACCACCGCCACACCAUUGGGUACUGCACCCAGUGGUAGCCUUGGAACGUUGGGUAAAAAAUCGAGUGGCUAUGCCAAGGUGCAUGUAAAUGUUUUGGGCAAAAUCAAGGAUCGUACUGGCAUACCAGUUUAA